AGAUGAAGAGAGAGGGGGAAGGCUGAAGAAUAAUAGCUGAAAAAUGACUGCACCAAAGAUACCGCAAGGGGAAAAAGAUGACUAUUUCAAAUUCAAAGCCAUUGCUGUAAAUAAAAAAAGCAUGGUGUACCUAUUUACCUUCAACGAACGCUGUAAUAAAUGAACAGAAUCCCCGAAAAGAGUCCAGCAGGUAGAGAGUGAUGUCAUCUCCAGGCAUGGGCACUCCGAGUGAUCCCCUCCUGGCCAGCCCGGCUGGGAGCAGAGCUGGAUUGAUCCAGGACGCCUCCUGGAGGCCCUCUCUCCCCAAGACCUCCAGCUUCCCAUCAUCCACUACGCGCCACCUCAGCCACCGAGCCAACAACUUCCAGAGGCACCCCAAGAGGCGAAAACUCAUCAGGCCCUCGCCGCCUCCACCCCCCAACACCCCCUGCCCACUGGAUCAGCUGGACCUGACCGAACUCCCACCCCGCCGGACCUUCACAGAACUGCUGUUCAAUGGCUGCAUCCUGUUUGGCAUUGAGUUCAGCUACGCCAUGGAAACAGCCUAUGUCACACCGGUGCUCCUUCAGAUGGGCUUGCCAGAUCAGUUCUACAGUUUGGUGUGGUUCAUCAGUCCAAUCCUUGGCUUCUUACUACAACCGAUAUUGGGAGCGUGGAGUGAUCGCUGCACAUCGCGUUUUGGUCGGAGAAGGCCAUUUAUCUUGGCCUUAUCGCUGGGAGCGCUAAUGGGCUUAACACUGGUUCUGAAUGGACGGGACAUAGGAGCAGCAGUGGCAGACACAGCUGUCAAUCACAAAUGGGGCAUCGUGUUGACAAUAUGUGGGGUGGUUCUGAUGGACUUCAGCGCUGACUCAGCAGACAACCCAAGCCACGCCUACAUGAUGGAUGUCUGUGGUCCAGAUGAUCAGGACAGAGGGCUCAACAUCCAUGCACUUCUUGCAGGACUAGGUGGUGGCUUUGGUUACAUCGUAGGAGGCAUAAACUGGGACCACACUGAGUUCGGCAGAGCCAUGGGCGGCCAGCUCCGGGUCAUAUACAUGUUCACCAGCGUCACCCUCGUGGCAGCCACGGCGAUGACCCUGACCAGCAUUCCGGAACGGCCACUACCUCAGUCUCAGUCGCGUUCCACACGGAGUGCCCUGAAGAGCCCAAGCCUGCCCCUGCCCCCCUCCCCACCCGCCCCGCCAGGCACUGGCCUGAACGAGGAGGACGAGGAGGACGGCUUGUACAACUACCAGGCGUCCAACCCGCAGCGGCGCUACACCGACCCGCUGGGCCACUCGUGCAGCGCCAGUGCGCGGCUCUGCGCCGGCCUCACCAGCCCCAUCUCGCCACUCAGCCCGCUCACGCCCAAGUACGGCAGCUUCAUCAGCCGCGACAACUCCCUGACCGGCAUCAACGAGUUUGCCUCCUCACUGGGCACCUCGUACAUCGACAGCGUUCUCAUUGACUGUUACACGGGCCAGCAGACACCCCAGCUGCUGGAGCCAGAGGCCGUGGGGCCGCAGAUGAACGCGGGGGACACCCCGCCUCCACUGCAGGUGCCCGGGCCUGCCAACGAGGUCCGGACUGGUGCGGGUCAGGAGUUGGGGGAAGGGACGGCCGAGCAGCCGCAGGAAGCCCAUCAGACGGUAGAGGGCUCAAACCCCACGGAGGGGACGCAACCAAACGGUAGCGAGGCGUUGCUAGCAAUUGAGGGCGCGCAACCAAAUGGGAGCGAGGGGGGACCCAAGCCUGGUGUGGGGUCGAAGAGGGGUAGUAUCCUGAAGCGGCCUCAGAGUCUGGCUCUCACAGAAGACCCCCUGUUAACCCCCAGCACGAUGGAGCACGGACGCAGGCGCACUGUCACCUUCAGCCAGCAGGUGGCAAAUAUCUUGUUAAAUGGCGUGCGCUAUGACAGCGACCUGAGUGACAGAAUAGAAUCUGCGGAUAACCAGAUGUCUAUGAAGCUGCUCUGCAUCGCCAUCUACAGGAUGCCCCCAUCAUUGCGCAGCCUUUGCACCAACCAUUUUUUAGGCUGGCUGUCCUUUGAGGGCAUGCUGCUCUUUUACACUGACUUCAUGGGGGAGGUCGUGUUUGGGGGGGACCCCAAAGCGCCCCACGACUCGGAGGCCUACCAGCGCUACAACGCUGGGGUCAGCAUGGGCUGCUGGGGCAUGUGCAUCUAUGCAUUCAGUGCUGCCUUCUACUCAGCCAUUCUGGAGAAGCUGGAGGAGCGGUUCUCACUCCGCUCGCUCUACUUCUUCGCCUAUCUGGCCUUUGGCCUGGGCACGGGUCUGGCCACCCUCUCCACCAACCUGUACGUGGUGCUGUCUCUCUGCGUCACCUAUGGCGUGCUCUUCUCCUCUCUCUGCACGCUGCCUUACUCACUGCUCUGUGAGUACUACCAGAGCCCACAGUUCUGUGGUUCCUCAGAGGAUGGGACCAGGCGGGGGAUGGGUGUGGACAUCUCCCUCCUCAGCUGCCAGUACUUCCUGGCACAGCUCCUGGUCUCCGUGGCGAUGGGCCCUCUGACCUCGCUGGUGGGCGGGGCCCAGGGCGUGAUGUACUUUUCCAGCCUGAUGUCGUUCGUGGGCUGCCUGUACUCCUCACUGUGUGUGGUGUACCAUCUGCCUCCACCAGAGGGUGCCCCCCCCAAACGAGGCCCAGCCACUACUGGUGCACAUUUAAAAGACCCCCAUCCCUUCAUCCUCCCCUCUCCCUCCAAUGUUGUCUUACUCCCUCCCCCUUAACCAACCCCCACCCCAACCCCCAGCUGAAACAAAUGAUGCUGCACACACACACACAAACAUGUAUUCAUCACAUUUUCUCAUCUCUCCCCCUCCUGUGCCAUAUCAACUCUCACCAUCACCCCUCCAUGUUCUUCAAUGGAAAAAAUAUGGUCUUCUCAAUUGCUUUAUAACACAUACUUUACAUACUUUGUUGCCCUACACAUUCUGAUAUCAUAUAUACUGUCCGUGUCUGGCCAGCUGCAGACAGGACAUAGGGCUUAGAGUAACCUGGCAAAGAGAGUAUGCUCUAUUGUUUCCAUACAUUUGCAUCGGUGCAUUUACGAAAGAUUUUUGCAAAUACAUUUGCUAUGCUAAUGCCUCUGAUUGUGCGUGUAGCGUUGUGGAUGAAUCUGUUUGUAUGCUUGUCUUUGUACCAUCUGAUGAGGCAUGCUUCUCUUCAACAUUUGAACUCGCUUGUGAGAAUGUUGAUGUUUUGAUACAUUAUGAUCCCCUCAUCAAACACACACACUGGGGCCAAAGUAUUUAUCAAUUUCCCCAAUGGAUCGGGUGUUGCAUUAAAAUGAUCAAUGACAAUAUCAACAUCAUGUUACCAUAGUUUAUAAACCUGAAAAGAAAUCAACCUCCCAAAGCAAAAACAAUGUGAGUGAUCAUGUCAGUAGUGAGUACUCCUUUUAUGUCACAAGAGAGCGUUCUUUUCUGUUAAGAAUUUGGGUAACACUUUUCUUGGAUAGUCCGGCCACAGAGACUUAAUAGAUAAUCUGAUUCAAGUUCAGUAUGUAGAAUUGUUGUUGAACAAUUACUGAGCAUGACAACCAAAUCCAACCCUUUACCUUAAAGCAACACCAUAGAUUGUUUUGUACCUUAAAAUAAUGUUUCCAAAACCGUUUCAGUGGUUCAUCAACUCGUUACAGGGUGAACAGCACUUCAUUCGCUUCUCGGCCCUCUAUCGGCUAUAACCGCUUCCAACCUGUAGGGGGACUGUAGAGAAAAAAUGCUUUGGUAUUGCUUUAAUUUUAACCAUAGAUUAACCAUAGAUUAACCAUAGAUUAACCACAGAUUAACCAUAGAUUAACCACAGAUUGCCAACUGAUAGUUUGUUGAUAAUCUGAGCAUCUGUUGAUAGUCUGUGCGGGCAGAUUAUCCAAGUAAAGUGUGACCAGAAUUUGCCACUGUUACACAGUCUUGUAACACCAACUAGAAACACACAAAUGCACAAAUACUUUGCACAUUUUUUUAAAUUACUAUAAGCAAUGCUGAAACAUUGGCAAGUCUGUAUGCCCCUAAAGCAAUCAGGAUGGGCUGCCUACUUAAGGGAGUUUCCUUUUUUAUAUACUUAGUUGUGUGCUGAGUGUGUUUCACUAAUUCACAGAUUGGGAUAAAUGCGGAGACCAAAUUUCCCUCACGGGAUCAAAAGAGUAUAUAUACUUAUACUUAAUAUGCAGCCUUGGACAUCCUUGGUGUUUUGCUUCUUAAAUGUAGAAUGGCUUUUCUUUACUAGGUUUCUAUAUCAUAAUGUAUCAUUCUGCAAACAUGCAUUGGAAUCAUCAAAGGUCACGCUAGGUGUAAAGCCAACCAGAUUUAUUAACUUGGUUAUUGAUAGAAAAUUGCAUAUUGAUAUCUGUACACCAAAAACAUGGAAUAAGGUCCUUUACUUGUUAGCAUUGACAACCACAUAAACACUGUGCAAUGGAGAAGGGAAAAUUCUUAAAUAAAUUGACACUUCCUUCACUGCAAUUAAAUACAUCAUGCAUUAGCGAAGCACUCAAAGUA